UGAAACAUAUUAAACUCUGGAGACGUACCAUCCCACAGACUGACAGGCUUCUGGCUGCUUCUGGCUGCCACACCCACAGAUGAGCUGCAGCAACUCUAUAAAGUGAGACUAUUCCGCAACUUCCUUUAGGGAAGAGACUCUUCUCCCAUCUUCACCAGGUCGUUCAGGAGUCAGAGUGGUCUCUAUAGAAGAGGGAAGACCCAGACCAGAGCUCUAACAUACUACAGACGUCACAGCCCUACAGUAACAUACAGGACCAUCUUCUGAGAGGAGGCUCAGAGGAGAAGAGCAACAUUCACAAAAACACAGGAAAUACCUGAAGACAGGUUCACCCUCAGAAAACAGAUGUACACCGACAGACGCAACACGCACACUUCCACACACAGACAGAUAACUCAAGGAACUCCCAAGCUCACUCAUUCAUCUAGUCAGGUCAUUUCCUCUUGAAGGACAACAAUCAAUCAACCAACUGACAAAUCAAUCAACCUAUCAUCCAAUCAGGAUGUCUCGUUGGGGCCGUAAAGACGUGAAGAAGACUCCUGAGGUGAUCAGGACAGUGACAGAGGGGUUAAAGUCUCUGUAUCAUCAGAAGCUCCUCCCCCUUGAGCAGCACUACGGUUUCCAUGACUUCCACUCCCCCUCUCUGGAGGAUGCAGACUUUGACAACAAACCCAUGGUGCUGGUGGUGGGGCAGUACUCCACUGGAAAGACUAGCUUCAUCAAGUAUGUGUUGGAGCAGGAUAUCCCAGGAAGCAGGAUAGGACCAGAACCCACCACUGACUGUUUCACAGCCAUCAUGCACGGUGAGGUGGAGGGGGUUAUCCCAGGCAACGCUCUCAUCGUUGACCCCAACAAACCCUUCCGCAAUCUCAACCCCUUCGGAAACACCUUCCUGAACAGGUUACAGUGUGCCCAGCUGCCCAAUCAGGUCCUGGAGAGCAUCAGCAUCAUCGACACGCCGGGGAUCCUGUCAGGAGCGAAACAGAGGGUGAGCCGAGGUGAGAAGAGCAAGGCUCAGGAGUGGACGGGACAAGGCUAUGACUUCCCAGCGGUGCUGCGAUGGUUUGCAGAGCGCGUUGACCGCAUCAUCCUCCUGUUCGACGCCCACAAGUUGGAGAUCAGUGACGAGUUCUCCGAAGCCAUCGGAGCGCUGCGGGGUAACGAGGAGAAACUGCGUGUGGUCCUGAACAAGGCUGACAUGGUGGGAACACAACAGCUGAUGAGAAUCUACGGAGCUCUAAUGUGGUCUUUGGGCAAGGUGUUCAACACCCCAGAGGUCGUGAGGGUGUAUAUCGGGUCGUUCUGGUCGGAACCGCUGCUGGUCCCUGAUAACCGUCGUCUGUUUGAGCUGGAGGAGGAGGAUCUGUUCAGUGACAUCCAGAACCUUCCCCAUAAUGCAGCCCUCAGGAAACUCAACGACCUGGUGAAGAGGGCCCGACUGGUCAGGGUGCAUGCCCACAUCAUAAGUUACCUGAAGAAGGAGAUGCCAACCUUCAGGAAGGACAACAGGAAGAAGAACCUGAUCUACCAACUUCCUGUCAUCUUCUCCAAGAUCCAGCUGCAGCACCACAUCUCUGCUGGGGACUUCCCUGACUGCGCCAAGAUGCAGGAGCAGCUGUUGACCCAUGACUUCAGUAAGUUCAAGCCCCUGAAACCGUCCCUGAUGGCUGCUCUGGACGAGCUGCUGGCAUCCGACAUCGCCAAGCUGAUGCCUCUGCUGCGCCAGGAGGAGAUCAACCUGGGGGUGCAGCCAAUGGUGCAGGGGGGGGCCUUCCUGGGAACCCGCGCCGGGCCCUUCGUGGAGAACGACCCAUUUGGCGAUGUGGAGAAUGGGGGGAAGGAGGGCGAGGAUGGGGGCGAUAUGGCCUGGGUGGUGACCAAGGACAAGCCCAAAUACGACGAGAUCUUCUACAACCUGGCGCCCAACGAGGGCAAGCUGAGUGGCACCAAGGCCAAGGACUGGAUGGUGAGCACCCGGCUGCCAAACUCCGUCCUGGGGAGGAUCUGGAAGCUGUCGGAUGUGGACCGAGAUGGCAUGCUGGAUGAUGAGGAGUUUGCCCUGGCCAGCCACCUGAUCGAGGUGAAGUUAGAGGGGCAUGGUCUGCCCCCCGAGCUGCCAGCACGUCUGGUGCCCCCCUCCAAGCGCAGGCAGAAAGGAUCUGAUAUAUAGAGAGACUACAUUAACCCACCCUUUGGAGCUGAGAGCAUAACCCUUUGACAGCUGACACACACACUACUGCCCCACCCAUGUUGUCACCUAGUCCCUUACGUUGUCCCCUAGUCCCUUACGUUGUCCCCUAGUCCCUUACGUUGUCCCCCAGUCCCCUAUGUUGUCCCCUACGUUGUCCCAGUCCCCUACAUUGUCUCCUAGUCCUCUACAUUGUCCCCAACAUUGUCCCCUACAUUGUCUCCUAGUCCUCUACAUUCUCCUCUAAAUUGUCCCCGACAUUGUCGCCCAGUCCCCUACAUUGUACCCUAGCCCCCUAUUUUAUCCCCUACAUUGUCUCCUAGUCCUCUAUGAUGUCCCCUAGGGCCCUACAUUGUUUCCUAGUCCCCUACAUUGUCCUCUGAUGUCCCCUACAUUGUCUCCUAUUCCCCUACGUAGUCCCCCACAUUGUCCCCUACAUUGUUUCCUAGUCCCCUACAUUGUCCCCUACAUUGUUUCCUAGUCCCCUACAUUGUCCCCUACAUUGUCUCCAAGUCCUCCAUGAUGUCCCCUACACUGAACCCUAGUCCCCUAUGUUAUCCCUUACAUUGUCUCCUAGUCCUCUAUGAUGUCCCCUAGGGCCCUACAUUGUUUCCUAGUCCCCUACAUUGUCCUCUGAUGUCCCCUACAUUGUCUCCUAUUCCCCUACGUAGUCCCCCACAUUGUCCCCUACAUUGUUUCCUAGUCCCCUACAUUGUCCCCUACAUUGUUUCCUAGUCCCCUACAUUGUCCCCUACAUUGUCUCCAAGUCCUCCAUGAUGUCCCCUACACUGAACCCUAGUCCCCUAUGUUAUCCCUUACAUUGUCUCCUAGUCCUCCAUGAUGUCCUCUACAUUGUCUCCUAGUCCUCUGAUGUCCCCUACAUUGCCUCCUAGUCCCCUACAUUGUCCCCUAGUCCUCUACAUUGUCCCCUAUAUUGUCCCCUAUAUUUUCCCCCUGUGCCCUACAUUGUCUCAUUAUCUUUCCUUACUUCAUGUCUGUAAGCCCCUGGCUGCUCUACCUUGCUUUACUCUGUUCUGCUCUACACUGCUUUACUCUGUUCUGCUUUACUCUGUUCUGCUCUACCCUGCUUUACCAUGCUCUGCUCUACCCUGCCCUGCUCUACCCUACCCUGCUCUGCUCUGCCCUGCUCUACCCUGCUCUGCUCUACCCUACUCUGCGC